AGUGACAUUUUUCAUUUUUUGCUUUGCCCCCUUUCUGACAAAUCCCCUGAUUCAGCUGCAUCCAUCAGGUUGAUGCUUCGCUCUAGCGUGCAGCUGACAGUUUGUUAUCUGCUUGUUUCAUUGUCUUAGUUUUUGAGACAUCGGACCCUCAGCAAAGCUUCUAUCAUGGGGUUCUAAUUUUUUAAAGCUGAAAUCAAAGGUUUCACAUUUGAUAGUAUAACUUGAGGUGCAUCUAGUGUAUUGUAUUUCAUUAUGCACUUGACCCUCCUAUUGUUUUAAAGUAAACUAAAAUUUAACUAAAUUAAACUAAUAUUUCCGUGACAGGUGAAAGCAAGCUUGUUCAGCAUAAAAUCAGAGUUUAAUGCGAGUACAAAAGUGAUAACUAUGAGGAAAUGUUCUCAAGGUUACACCUUCACAAGUAUUUCAUAUGAUUUGGUAAAUUUGCCCACAGGACAUUUAAUAGAUUGGCACAUUUUCUCCCCUGUGUGUGCCAAACCAGAAUUGCUGAAGGAAAUUAUGCAAUGUGAAAUUGAGCUGGAGUGGUUUUCAAGAGUUAUUUCAUCUUUAGAUGGGGAAGGAUAUUCCUUUGGACUGCCUUUAUUUCCAGCUGUGCUCAUUGACUGAUUUGAACCCCUGGUUGGAUCUGCGCUAAACUCAUGGCAGAGCCAGACGUGGAUUAAAGCACUGACGGCCUGAUCAACACCGAGUGGUUGACAAAGAAGUGCACUGGUGAUACAAAUCGGCAAGGAUACUGUCAUUGAAGCAACUAAGUAGAUUUGUUGUAUGUGCAACAGCCACGUUUUAUUGUCAAUGGAGACCUUGUCCCAGAGCUCCAGGCUUGAGUGCCAAAUCUGUUUCAACUACUUCAGCCAACGGCGCCGUCCCAAACUCCUGCACUGCCAACAUACCUGCUGCUCCGUAUGUCUGAGCCAGAUGAGGCUCAGCCAGAGAGAGAUCCGCUGUCCUUGGUGUCGUUACGUGACACAGAUCCCCAGCGGGCUUUCGGUCUCAUAUCUUCCCGAUGACCCGGAAGUACUCUCUAUUAUCAGUCUUUCUCACUCCUCUGAACACACCCCCAUCUUUAUACACUUACCUAACAAUGGUUGCUACCUGCUGCCCGUCCCUAUGGACGCAGACGGGGCGCUGCUGCCUGGACAACCGGCAUGCCGGUUUGGCCCUAAAAGCGUUGGGGUGGUAAACGUCUCUGAUGGGCAGAGCCUCGUGUUGGGAGAUGACAUGGGUGAGGAGGGGAUGGAGGAGGUUUACUGUAGUCAGCCGGAUCCAUGCCGUAUACAGAUCAGAUGGAGGACCUGCGGCUACCAACACAUCCCUGAAGGGUCAGCAGAGAUUGUCUCAACUAGACACAAGGCCUCAUCGACACGGCAGCCAGUGGUACAGAUCCUCAAAAAACCCGUCUCCAUACCGGCGUGAUGAAUCCGAUCUUCAACCAGAUGAAACUGGAUUAAAUAUUUUGACUGUCCCAAUCCCAGUCUGACUUCUGACCUGCAAUGCUAAUCAUAAUCAUGCACUGUUCAAUUGUCAUUGUAUGCAAACUGAACUUAGCUGAAUGAUGACAUCACUGUGUUCUCCAGAGCUGCUGUAUAAAUAAAUGAACUAAAUUAAUAACUAUCGAUUUUUACAACAGAAUGAUUCAAUACUGAAUUUAAGAUAAACAAUGACACAGUUGGAAAACUGGAGUUACUGAUUUAAACAGAAACAUGGCACAAACAAAACAACAGACUUCUUUUUAACAAGAUUACUCCGGAGGGCUAUAGGCUGUUUGAUCUCCUAUGACUCACUCGUAGAGGUGGGGGGAUCAUUAUCGGCAAUUUAACAUCAGCACUCUGUUAGGCUACCCCCUUUCCACUAGCACGAACCAGGUGCUAGUUCAGAGCUAGUGCUAGUGCCAGUUCGGAGUUGGUUCAACUGACGAGCCUUCUAAGAACCAAUUUCAAAGACUAUAGAAUAACACAAGACGUGUCACUCGUAUUGUUUUGAAU